AUGGCCAUGAAUGCUUCCAGCGCCAUGAGCAACUCGGCCACCCGCUCGGAGAUGUUUCUGUCGGCGCCUGUACCACAGGUCUACCCACUGCACGCAAUGCCAGCGAAGAUCAAGUUUGUGAAUCCCGCAAGCAUCCUGAUCUAUGGGCUCUACCGACCGGUGCCUGCCGCCGUUCCUGCCAACCUCUUUGGUUUGGUGGCAUCCAUCUACUACCUGGGUACCUGUUGGUACAGUGCUUGGCGCUUGGACGCCUUGAAAUCAGGUGCCUGGAGCCGCUCUGCAGCGCUGGCAACCAUUGUCACGCUGUCCAUCUCCAUGUGCAUGCUGUCCUACGCCGCGCUGCAGCUACAUCCUGAAGCCGCCGUGCCUGGGCGGUGGAACAUGGGGAACAUGUGGGCCAUCUCGCGCGUCUCGACCAAUGUGCCAACCAAUGGGCUCUUCUUCAGCGUGUGCCUCUUCGCCGCACCGUUGAGUUCCCUGCGCAGCGUCCUCCGGGACAGGAGCUCCGAACUGCUGCCGAUGCUGCCCAGCCUGCUGGGGCUGAAUUUCAAUGGCUUCCUCCUGUCCUGCGUCCAACUGCCACCUGGAUGGGAUCAAGGGAUUCUCAUCGGCAUCUUUCCGGCCAAAAAGCUCAAGACCUUGCCUGGAGAGACCUCCCCGUGGCGACCCUUGGACGCGCAACAGCGACGCAGCCAUCGGUUUUUGGAGUUGCACAGCUGGAGUGCAGAGCUGCAGCUCAUGCAUGGACUACUUGAAGCAGCGCGUGAGGACGGAGGCGGCGAGGUGCGGGUGGCCCAGAGUGCCAUUUUGGAGCCAAAGAAAUCACCCAAAGCUGCGACCCGCCCGACCCGCCGCUGUCGCAACGCCAUGGCCACCGCUGUAGCAGCCCCGGAAAUGGAAGACCUAAGGGCGCCACAGAUGAUGUGCUAUCAGUGCGAGCAGACCAAUGCUGGCAGGGGCUGCACAACUACAGGAGUGUGCAAGAAGAGUCCCGAUACCGCCGGCUUGCAGGAUCUACAGAUGCAAUUCUCCUUCCGUCUCUGUCAACUUGCCGCCAUCGAUUCGGGACCCUAUGAGGAGCAGUGUCGGCACUUGGUCUUGGAGUCUCUCUUCUCAACCCUGACGAACGUGAACUUCGAUAACUUGCGCUUCGUGCAUUACAUCUACCAAUGCGAUGAGUUGAUCCGGAAGAUGGAGGAGAGAUCCAUGGGGAUGGCAAUUUGA